AUAUAUAUAUAUAUAUAUAUAUAUAAAGGGGUGGUAAAGGAUUUCGGAUAGUGGGGAUAUUUUUUUUCAUUUUAGAGUGUCCCAGAUUAGCCUUUGCAGUCCACCUACAUUGGAUUUAUGCUAAGAAGAGACUUCAAUUAAACGAAAAAUGUCAUACAAGCGGAAAGUGUUGUCCCUGAUGAGCCUGUGCGGACUGCACAGGUUAAUCUUGGACGACUCUUUACGCACACGCGUUAUGUCAAGUUUUCACAGAACGCGACUCCUUUGUCCUGACUGUAAUCGAUUGGCGGGAUCUCUGCUAAAACGUCAGACAUUCAGUUAUCAAACGUAAUGUCAAUUGGCCCCUAGAGGUUCUUUUUUCAUCUCGAAACACGCCCUGUAUUUAAUACCUGUAUUGCGAUCAAUUCAGUGCAAUUAUCGACAUUAUGGUCCUUUAGAUAAUCAUCCGAAAAAAAACACUAAAAGUAUAAAAAAACAUCAGAUGUUUUUAUGAUCACAAUCCUUGGCGACAAUUAUUCACGACAAAACCAAAUGGUAUGACGGUUUUAAUGUAAAACGCGUAUCCUAAAACCACAUUAGACAAACAUGUGUCAUACGACUAAAUGCGUUUUUAUUCUGUUGGGAUAUUGUUUAUGGAUAACUUUGUUUUCAAACCUAUUUUGCCCAUGGAAAUGAAACAGAUAGUUUCAGUUUGCAAAAGCAAAAUACUUUUUGUAAAAGGUUUUAAAUAUUUUGUGAACGUAUCAAACGUGUUUUUGUAGUUAUUGUAUAUUAAAUAAGCCACUUAAGGUAACUUGAAACGUUUCGCGAUAUGUCAUAAAAACAAUGUGUUUGCAGAGUUAGUUUCGGGGUUUGAAAAGAAGAGUGUGAUCGAUUGUUUCGUUACAUACAAACGAAACUAGUGACGGAGAAUGCUGGGUUGCUAAUUUCUAAAGAGUGUUUAAAUGAGAAACGUGUGUUAAAUUGAAAACUGUCUUUGCUGUUUGACUCGUAUUCAACAUCUCAUAGGAGGACAGAUUAUGUGAACGUUUGUGAACGUAUGGGUAUACAAUUGGUUGGAGAAAAGUUUUGAACAUACAAAGAAAGGUAUAACAUAACACAUAAUAUGUUCCUGCUAUGUAAAUGAUCCAAACUCUAUCGUCGAGAACAUCAUGUGCAAUAAUUAUGAGUUAUCGAAAGCAAGUUUCGUGAAUGUUAACCAUUUAUUAUUACAUAGAUACAUUACACAAUUGUAAAACCAGACGAAGUGUGUGCAAACUUGUUCAGCUUCUUGUAGCGUUAUUAUUUUGUGCAGAUAUUAUUCUUUAUUACAAAAUUGAAAUCAUAAAUGGUUUCGGUCAUGUUUAUUAAUGAUAUGUUAAAUAACACAGCUAUGCUAUAGACUGUAUCGACCAUGUUCCCGCGCCAAUACACGACAUUACUAGUGGUUUACAACUGUUGAAUGAGGUUAAGAAGUAUUCUCAACAAUUGGCCAUGCUUAUCAGCAACGGUAAUAAAUAAUCACUUAACACAACAUAAUCACAAAUGCAUGAAAAUUUUACCAUCUGCAGGUCAAUAACCUGUUUAUAGAAUAUAGUUUUAUCCUAAGAAUAUAAUGUUAUAAAUGUUAAAAGCCCUGUUUAAGCAUUUAUUGAUUCUUAGUUUUAAUACUAUCUUUUAUUGUUAUUUACAUAAUCUUGUAAUUAACAUAAUCUAAUAAAUGUUCUUGUAAUUUUCAUUAUCUUGUAAUUUGCAUAAUUUUAUAAAUCCUAAGAAUAUAAUUCAAUAAAUGUUAAAAGCAUGGUUUAAGCAUUUAUUGAUUCUUAGUUUAAAUAGUAUCUUUUCUUGUAAUUCACAUUAUCUUGUAAAUUACAAAAUUUUAUAAAUGUUCUUGUAAUUUACACAAUCUUGUAAUUAACAUAAUUUAAUAAAUAUUAAAAGCCUUCAUCCUAAGAAUAUUAUUUAAUAAAUGCUAAAAGCCCUGUUUAAGCAUCGAUUGAUUCUUAAUUUUAAUACUAUCUUUUCUUGUAAUUUUUAUAGCGUAUAUAUGUUCUGAACCUAAUAACGGCAGUAUGCAACAUAUGUGUUUUUAUGCAUAAAUUUGAACUUUAGAUAAAGAAAUAAUUAAUAACAUGGAAACAUUUUCAUCAAAUCCUGAAGCUUUGCAAUUAGGAACACAACAAUAAAACACCAUAAUUACAGAGGAAUGUAUACAAGUCAGUGUUAACUGAUGUGUACAGCUGGUUGAGAAAAUCUUUCGUUUACCUGUUUCAAUUCACCGGAGGCAUCUAGUCGAUACAGUGUAUACUUGCGAUGUGGCUGUUUCAUUCAUUAAUUAUUUAGAUUAAUGGUGUUGCAUUUAAGUCUCGAACAAUUAUCAUAUUCCUCGGGGGAUUCCGUCAUAUGUAUAUCAGUCAGCAUUGAUUUAGAAGAGCAUGCUAUCAGUUGAACAUUAUUAAACAAUGUUUGAGGAAAAUCAAAACCAAACUUCAUGUACGAAUAAUGGAACUGUUUUGGAUACUGACAAUCCAGGUCAUGUUUCAAUCCUUGCUUGUUUAGUUAUGUUACUUGUUUUAACUAUUGUGUGUAAUUUGUGUGUAAUUGUCAAACUUUACAAAAAUGAAUACCAUAAGAAAACACGCACGCGAUUCUUACUUUCGUCAUUGGCAUGUGUUGACAUUUGUAUUGGAAUUAUUAUAAUGCCUGUGCAAAUAACUAUACUAUUUCAUGACGCGGCAUCAAAUAUUGGAUUAAAAUUUUGUGACGUAAUAAACAAUUUGGACGUAACCUUAACGUCCAUGUCUGUUUUUCAUUUAACGAUGCUAACAUGGGAAAGGAGAGUCGCCAUUUGCAACCCUUUUGGUUACGCGAUUGUCUGCAGCAAGAAACGCUUAGCCAUAGUGUAUACAGCUGGAUGGGUGACCGUGGCUGCAUGUUCCUUUGGUAUCAUUAUGCCAGGAUAUCAGACAUUCGAAGCGGAGGCUUGGAAACUUGAGUGCCAAGUUGUCCAACCGAAAUGUCAGUUCAUUGUCGGAAUAUAUUUUGUGGUCGGCGCUUCAUUGAUAACCAUUGUGUUUCCUAUAGCACUGGUUCUUUACUUCAACAUAAACGUGAUAUGCUACGUUAAAAAGACCCGAGCUAAUAAUAACAACCUGGGGGGAUCAUGCGAAUCGCUGACUAAAAAUCGUCGGAUUCGAGUUACCGUAACUAUUGCAGUGUUAACUGGGGCGUUUCUGUUCUGUUGGUUGCCGUUUACAGUUGUAAACGUCUUAGAUACGAUCGAUGGUCGGAUGGUCCCAACCACUUUAACAAUUUUUACCCUCUGGUUGGGAUAUGCGAACUCAGCGGCUAAUCCACUUCUAUAUUUGCUUAUGCAAUGCAACAAAUGUAUUGGUCGGGGAUAAAUGUAAAAACAAGUAAUCGUCACACGUUAUUAGACAGCAAAUACUAGCUGUUUUGAAUAAUUUUCUUUUUUCCAAUUUGUGAUAGAUAUGAUGACUAUUUGUUAGGAACAUUUAUCAUUAAUAUGUAAGACAUACCACUAAAUCAUGUUAUAAAUAUGACAUUGAACACCAUGUCUAACGGAUUCUUCCUGAGGUAUGCGACAAUGUCAUGUAUUUGAGUUUCCUGUGAGGUAGCUGCUGAUCAGUUUUCUCCAAAUCUGAUUUGGGUGAUAAGUGUUUUACAAUCUUUUUAUAGGUCACUCUUUUGUGUUUAUAUUUAGUCUUCAGCGUCUUAUUUCAUUUCCUUUUAGAUCAGUUUUUAGGCCUCCAUGGUCAAGAUCAGCAGAGUUUUAAGUUUAAGUUCUAUAUUCUGUUUUAUUUAUUUCAAUGUAUUUCUUACCAAGUUCUUUCAAGCUUAUGCUAUAAUGUGAUAUGCAUAUAUAUAACAUGUUAUAGUUUAGCCUUCUCCCUCUCCAGAGGAUGAUACAAUACUAUUUGCGUCUAAUUGCUUUAUUUUCAUACUAUAGAAUACAGAUUGAAAUUACUGAUAUAUAACCUUAUUGCGCUAAAGCUAUUUAAAUAUCCGUGCUUAAUAACUUUAGUCAGUUUAUUUUAUAUAUUAUUCUGCUAUUAAAAUAAUUAUGCUGUUUCAUAAUCUGUAUCUACAGAUAUCCGUGCUUGAGUAGUUUCAAUUUUAGCCGAUUGCUUUAAUGAUUGUAUGAUUGCUAAAUUAUCUAAAUAAUUAAUUAAUUAAUUGGUUAGAUAUAUAAUCAAUUGUGUUAUCCAAUAUUGUGUUACCAUGUAUUGUUCAUUUUGUCAUGUUUAACAUUUUAAUAAUGUGUUUUGAGUAAUGUAAUUGUAUAUGCGAUGGUGUUAUCAUGUAAAUGUUUAGUUUAUAAGUCGGCUAAAAAAGCUCUUCAGAGCUUGUGUUUAAAAUAUUCAUAUAUACCCGAGUUGAAUUUUAAUUGACCUGACUUGACAAUGGCCCUAGACAAUUGUCCCAAUACGAUUGAAAUGGAUUUUCCGCGGUGGUGACCUCAUCUUUAAUUUGUUUGACAAUUAGUGUUGUGUUGUGUGAAAUGCUCUGAGUGGUAAAGGCAAUAUGCCGCUUUUCUAAAUUAAAACAAUGAUUGCUAUCUUGAGGUCGUUGAAUUAAAUACUUCUAUCAAACUUUAACGUGUGCAUGUUAAGUUAAAAUACGCGUAGCAUGCAUUUCUAACUGAAAAUCUGUAAAAUCGUGAGAACGCGGUUCACCACUGUGAUGAAAAUGUGUUUAAAACAGGUAUUACAUGCAAAUUCUGCUUACACGAUUUUGAAUUUAAAAAAAAAGAAAAAAAAAGAAAAAAGAUGUGGUUGACUAUGCGUUUGCGUGUUGUGAUAUACCUAACGAAUUCCUAAGGGUGUUCGACCAUUUAAAGUAACAUCAUAUGCGACUUCGCUCUAUCCGUCAACAUUAUUAUGUUAAACAGGUUUUCUGCAUAAUGAUAUUUACAAUGUAUUCGAUAAGAUCUUUUGGACUUUUUGCUUAUAUCCAGGUCGCAGCAUAUUUAAGAUCGAAAAGCCAUCAAUAAGCAUAUUUCAUUUGUUUUGGCAUCUUCCACAUUCGGACAAUGAUUUUAUACUAUUCAAUUAAUAACUUGUAUCGAUUCAGUUUAUGAACCCUUUAAAAUUGUAUCAUUUACAAUAAUGCUCUAUGAACAAUUGACGAAUUGCCGACUCGAUUAUUAACAUAAAGAGUAUUGUAUCAACAUAUUAUUUCUCGUUGAUGUUGAUAUAUGUUAACAUAUACAUGUCAUUGUAUAUGGGUUUGUUUCUAUUUUGUUUACCCUUGUUGCUUUACCACGUUUUAUAUUCAUAGUAAGGAUAUAUGUAAUGCGAUAAUUGCCAUUGAAUUGAUAUUUUAGUACAGUUUGUAUAUAUAUUUAACAUAGCUUAACGUUCAGUUGAUACGACCACCUUAGGUUAAAUAAUAUAUUUAGUAUAUCCCAACUUUUUCAUCGUGUAAAUUGUUAUUAUUGUUUGUCUACAGGACAUAACUGGCAAUUGCGCUGCAUAAUUAAUAAAUUAUCGAUGCCAUAAUUGCAACCAAUUAAUCUUAUGUAACAUAUGAGGACACUUCAAUUAAAUUCAAAUCUAAGACUAGCGGAGUAAAUCUCAUGUGAAUGCAAUCUUAUUUAGUAUAGUUAAGUUUACGUGUACGUAUCAUUUGUAUGUUACUGUUAUUCAAUGGUAAAUUAAUGUUAUGUCCCUUUUUAAUAAGGGGGAUAUAUCAGUCACCGUGUCAAUCGGCGCUUCUGUCCGUCUGUACGAAAUUCACUAACUUUGCCUCAUAUAGAUGGACUUUGCAUAAAUGGCCACUAACAUAAGACUUCAUCUCGCGUGGUGCAUCAGUCCUAAGUAUCGUCCUCAAAGGUCCAGAUUUCACUUAGUGGUCGAAUAUUUCUUUUUGCAAUAAAACAGCUUUAAAGAAAAUUACUUUCUAAGCUCUGACUUCCCAAUAUAUUGAGCGAUAAUGAUAUAAAACAAACCAUCAUAAGAAAAAUGUCGUCCUACCUCAAAGCUCAAGAUCACGCUGUUUAGAGAAAUGAUAGUUCCAGUCAUGCUUUCUUGUUUGUGUAUUAGUAUUUGUUAAUACUUAGAGACAGUCAUAAAUCAAAAACAAAUUUAACUGCGUGUUUCUCGUAUACAUGUAUUGUGUUGUUGUGAUUGUUUAUGAGCUUGAAAUACAUUGAGAAAGUAAUUUUUGAUAAACAAACAAACAAACUUCGCGAAGUUCGCGUUAUAUGGGAACACAAUCGCGAAAAAUUAUGUAGAUGAAAACAUUUUUGACCAAAACUAUCAAAUCACAUUCGAUUAAAUCUUGAUGUUCUACA